UGUGACAGUUUCUGUCUAUUUCUGACAGUUCUGGGACAUUCACUCCAUACAGCUGUUUCAACCGCUGUAUGGAGGGAAUAGUCCCAGAACUGUCAUUAAUAGUCUAUUUCUGACAGUUCCAUGCACAUUCCCUCCAUAACAGCGGUUGAAACAGCUGUAUGGAGUGAAUGUCCCAGAACUGUCAGAAAUAGACUAUUUAUGACAGUUCUGGGACAUUCACUCCAUACAGCGGUUGUUGAAACAUUGUAUCUAUUUUUUUCCAUAAAUGACAUUCUGCAGAUACAUUUGUAUGUAUUUGUU